ACGCCUGAUCCUGUGCGCAUCCACCAUCUAGAAUGACGACUUCAUCGCUUGAAUCGAUUCGCGCCCUCUCAGAUCUUCACCCCAAACCCUCCAAUGUCCGAUUUCAGUAUGGAACCGCUGGAUUCCGCACUGUAGCGAGCGUUCUCGAUUCGGUCCUUUUCAGAGUAGGCGUCCUUGCUGGCCUCAGGAGUAAGAAGCUAGAUGGGAAGACCAUCGGCGUCAUGGUGACUGCCUCCCACAAUCCUGAACAGGAUAACGGUGUGAAACUGGUAGACCCUAGAGGAGAGAUGCUGGACACUUCCUGGGAGAUGCACGCCACCGUGCUUUCCAACGCGCCCACCACAGACGAUUUCAUCCAAGAAGUCGAGAAAUUCGUUCAAGCACAGAAGAUCAAUCUCGCCAAACCAGCCCGUGUUGUGUAUGCGCGCGACACUAGACCGUCUGGGCCUUCCCUCGCUGCUGCUCUGGAGGAUGGACUCAAGGCCAUCGGUGCCGAGAUGCGCAACGCCGGUGUAACCACGACCCCCAUUCUUCACUACUAUGUCCGGGCAAUCAACACUCUAGGUACCAAGGAUAGCUACGGCGAGGAUUCAGAGGAAGGCUAUUUCCAAAAAAUGGCCACCUCAUUCAAGAAGCUCAUCGUGAACCGUCCCACGUUGGAGCCGUUGAUCAUCGACUGUGCCAACGGCGUUGGUGCUCCCAUUGUAGAGAAGCUCAAAUCGUAUCUCGGAGACAGUUUGCCGCUGAUUCUCGAGAACACGGCCAUCGACACCCCAGGCGCCCUCAAUCACGCGUGCGGGGCCGACUUUGUGAAGACCACGCAGAAGAUGCCUCCGUCACUGGCCGGUCGACUCAAGCCUGGCCAGCGAGCGUGCAGUCUGGACGGCGACGCCGAUCGGCUGAUGUAUUUCUAUCUCGAUGAGCAAAGCCAGUUCCACAUGCUCGAUGGGGAUAAGAUCGCAGCGCUUGUUGCUGCGUUUAUUGUCGAGCUCGUACAGACUGCGGGAUUGGAAAACAAGGUCAAGGUCGGCGUCGUACAGACCGCUUAUGCCAACGGCGCGUCUACCAAGUAUCUGUCUGAGCGACUCCCAGUGAAAUGCGUGCCCACUGGAGUGAAGCACCUCCACCACGCCGCAGAGCAGUACAAUAUUGGAGUCUACUUCGAGGCCAACGGGCACGGCACUGUUUUGUUUUCGCCGUAUACUCAGGAAAUCCUGGAGACGUAUCAACCAUCGACUCCGGCCCAGUUCACCGCCCUUGAAAAUCUGCGAAGCCUGAACGUUUUGAUCAACCAGACUGUCGGUGACGCGCUCUCAGAUCUGCUCCUCGUCGAAGUUGUACUCGCACACAAGGGCUACGACGCAUCAGAAUGGGACUCGCUCUAUGUUGAUCUGCCGAACCGACUGGUCAAGGUGGUCGUUGCUGAUCGGAAUCAGUUCAAGACGGAAGAUGCCGAGCGUCGGUUAGUCAGUCCGCUCGGGCUGCAGCAGAAAAUCAACGAACUCGUCCGCCGGUUCGAGCAGGGGCGGUCUUUUGUUCGUCCGAGUGGAACGGAAGAUGUCGUACGGGUUUACGCCGAGGGAAGCAUGAAGAUACAGGCUGAUGAACUGGCUUUCCGUGUCGCUGGCCUUGUGUACGACGAGACUGGGGGCAAUCCCGCCACACGACCCAAGGAAUUCAUCUGAAGGAGAGAAAUGAAUUGCAGUGUACCGAAAGUAUUGAGGACGCUUCGCAGUAUGUAGACACGAAUGUAAGAUCCGGAGAUCUGGCAAAUGCUAUAAUGGAAUCUGAUCGGCAACGUUGCA